GAGAGAGAGAGAGAGAGAGAGAGAGAGAGAGAGAGAGAGAGAAAGAGAGAGAGAGAGAAAAGGAGUCUGCUAUGUAUCAAGUGUAGCUGUCAGCGCGGUCUCACAUGGGGCUGCUCUCCGUCACAGUCUCCGGGUGAGCCCAGGAAACCACCUCUCUCUCAUCCAUUACUUCCACCGGGAUGGACACCAACAACAGAUCGAUGGAGGUCCUGGUGACGGAGCUCAACGUUCUGCUGAAGCUGCUGGACCACGAGACUUUGAGCUCUCCAACUGAGGAGAAGAAGAGCUCUGUUCGGAACCUUCUGAAACAUCUACAGCCCACAGCGACAGGACCAGACUACUUGUAUAUGAACCAAUCAAUCUACAGGCACGGCACCAGCUUUGUGGAAUCCCUCUUCGAGACCCUUGACUGUGACAUGGGGGAGCUGAAAGACAUGACAAAGGACCAGAAGCAGGACACACACACUGACACACACAGACAUGACACAACAGCCUUAAAACAGAGCAGUCCAGACUCCUCUCCCCCCCGCUCAUCAGAGACCCCUCCUCCCCUGCCCACCACCCCCCAUCCUGAGGCUUACUAUGAAGAGGCAGUACCUCUCAGCCCUGGCAAGCAGCCAGAGUACAUCACCACACGUGGGAGCUCCAGCCCUCCUAACUCCAUAGAGGAUGGUUACUAUGAGGAUGCAGACAACGACUCUCCUUCUACCUGCAUCAACGGACAGCAACGCAAAAACUCCUACAAUGACUCUGAUGCUCUGAGUAGUUCCUAUGAGUCGUAUGAGGAAGAUGAAGAGGAAAGGGGAACAGGGCCAAGGUCCAGGCUGACCCACCAGUGGCCUAGUGAUGAGAGCUCCAUGCUCCCUGCCAGGGACUGUAGGAUCUGUGCCUUCCUGCUGCGAAAGAAACGCUUCGGACAGUGGGCUAAGCAACUGACUGUCAUACGGGACAACAGGCUACAGUGCUAUAAGAGCUCUAAGGACGUGUCCCCAUAUUUUGACCUGCCCUUGCUCCAGUGCACUGUGGUCUACGCCCCUAAAGACGGACGCAGGAAGAGACAUGAGCUGAGGUUCACUCCACCCAGUGGAGAGGCUCUGGUCUUGGCUGUGCAGAGCAGGGAGCAGGCACACAGGUGGCUCAGGGUGGUCCAUGAAGUUAGUCAGGGAAAAGGACCAGAAGAGACCACUUCUCCCAUGAUGCCCAGAAAGACUGAGCUGGACAAGCGGCUGUCUGGUGAGAAGACUAUGGCAGACCCAGAGAGUGUGGGAGUGACUACAGGAGAGAAUAACAGGGACAACAGAGAGAAGGGUAAGGUGAAGCGGGGGGCUCUUGCAGCAGGUCGUAAGAUAACACGUAUCAUCAGUUUCUCCAAGAGGAAGCACCUCCUACCUGGCCCCCCCUCCUUAGACACAGACCCUCGACGAGGCUACCUGUCUGUGUUGGUGAGUCAGGUAUGGCGGGACCAGUGGUGUUGUGUGCGUGAGGGUUCUCUCUACUUCCACCCUGACAGAGGAGACCCCCGGCCCUCCCUGGCCCCUCUACCCCUCCAUGGGUGUGAGGUGUUCCCAGGACUGGGCACCAAACACCCCUUCACCCUCAGGAUACUGAAGGGAGGUACAGAGGUGGCUGCAUUGGAGGCGUGUAGUUCUGAGGAUUUGGGGCGAUGGCUGGGUGUUCUGCUGGCAGAGACAGGUACAGCCACAGAUCCAGAGUCACUACACUACGACUAUGUUGAUGUGGAAACCAUCGCUAACAUCAGAGAUGCCGCGCGACACUCUUUCCUGUGGGCCACAUCCGCUAGUAGCACUUCCACUGACUCCAGGAUGUAUGACGAGGUUCCCUAUGAGGAAGAGCAGCCUGAGGAAGAUGCCGGACCAAAGCAGAGGUCCAGCUUCUCCACUAAAUACUCUGCUGUGACCAAACCUGAUGCCAAUCAAUAUGGUCUCUAUGGGAAAACACGAGCGGAGGAGGACGCUAAACACUACUUGAAAGAGAAAGAAGAGCUGGAGAGAGAGAGGGAUGGAAUACGGAACACUCUGCUGACACUGAGACAAGCGAGGAGAGAGGUGAAGGAGAGGUUGAAGACUGCUUCAGAGGAGCAGAGGAGCUCCCUGAGUGAGCAUGUGUCCCAGCUAGAGGAGGCUUGCCGGGGGAAGGAGAGUGAGAGGGUGGACCUGGAGCUCCGUCUCACCCAGGUUAAAGACAAUCUGCAGAAGAGUCUAGCAGGAGGAGCUCUGGGGGCACCUGGGGAGAGCAAACCCUCCAGCAAGGUCUACAGCAGAUCCUGCUGCUCUGGAUCUAUACCCGUCAGCUGUAAGAAACAUGUCUACUCUUCCUCUAAAGGAACAGUCAUGCAGAAAGCCAAGGAAUGGGAGUCGAAGAAAUGCGCUUAGGGCAUAAGGAUGUUAAAGCAAGAUUGGAGAUGAUUGGAGGCAUAUCAGAGAGAGGAUGUGUUGUUCAGAUUAUUGUAGAGAUGGACAAAAUGAACACGUAUUCAGGAUAUUGAGCCAGUGUACAGAAAGGAUAUUCAUUUACCUUGAUAAACCACAGAGAAAGGGACAUUGAGAGAUUUAAGAAUGUUCCAUAGAACAGGAAUGGAAGACAAUGGACAUGGAAGGAAAACUCUGUGAUUUACUGUACGAGCUUUAAAGGGAUACUUCCAGAUUUUGGCAGUUUAGCCCAUUCCUAGCUCCAUGCUACUGUAACUUCUCCUGUAGACUUCCAGUCAUUUCACUAAAGUUAGUUAACAAGGGCAGACCCUACCUUCAACGUCCUUAAAACUACACACAGAGACAUAAAAAUGGUAUCCAUGAGUUCCUCUGACUCGGAGUCCUUUGAUAAAAGGGCGUACACUUUUACUGCAGUGGGCUAAAUCAGGGUCACACAGAGUGUUUCUUGGUAGUCUUAAACAAAUCUCCUUUGAAACAAAAGUAUACACCUCACACACAUGGUUAGGGGCUUUAAAGAAAGAAGACAUCUGUACCAUGUCAGAUACAGACUUCAAAUGUAUUCAGUUUUGAGUUUGCUUCCCAGUAUUACACUUUAUAUACAUAACAGAAGACUAACAUUUUACAAAACUGUUUGACAUAGAAACAAUGGAUUUUUUAAAAUAAUCUUUGUUAAAGCAAGAUUUGAGAUAAUCUUUGAAAAAGCAAGACAAAUAUAAUGAACAUUCCACCCAUGAGUCCAGAGAGAUAUUUUGUUAGUUGACUGCAGGAAAGGGCUACUUGUCAAAAUCUCAGUUAUUUUUUUAAAACAUAAUUUUCUUCCUUUGCCGCGGGGAAGUAGGGUUGCUGAUAGUGCUGCAGCUCCCGCUGAAAAAUCGGAAUCUUUUUUUAUUUGUCAUUUUUUUUGUAAGUAGUUCACUGCGCCUUUACUAGUCCUAUAUUAGCGUAACGAUAUAGCUAUCUGUUUUGUGUAUAGUAGGAUUAUUUUCACACUGCACAAUGGUCCUUUUCCCCUCUGACUAUAAACAAUACAAUUAUUAACAAAUGGUGCUAAUAAUAGAUGUAACUGUAAAUAUUAUCUGAACAAUGGACACCAGGUGCCAAUACCUAUCUACAGGAAUUCACACCACUGAUCCUUUCUAAAACUCAUCAAAUACAGAGCCUUCAGAAAGUAUUCAGACCCCUUUACUUUUUCCACAUUUUGUUACGUUACAUCCUUAUUCUAAAAUAUAUAUAUAUUUUAAAUCCUCAAUCUACACGCAAUACCCUAUAAUGACAUAGCAAUAACAGGUUUUUAGACAUUUUUGCUCAUUUAUAAAAAAUUAAAAUAAAAACUGACAUAUCACAUUUACAUAGGUAUUCAGACCCUUUACUCAGUAUUUUGUUGAAGCACCUUUGGCAGCGAUUACAGGCUCAAGUCUUCUUGGGUAUGAUGCUACAAGCUUGGCACACCUGUAUUUGGGGAGUUUCUCCCAUUCGUCUCUGCAGAUCCUCUCAAGCUCUGUCAGGUUGGAUGGGGAGCGUUGCUAUACAGCUAUUUUCAUUUCUCUCCAGAGAUGUUAGAUCGGGUUUAAGUCCGGGCUCUGGCUGGGCCACUCAAGGACAUUCAGAGACUUGUCCCGAAGCAACUCGUGCGUUGUCUUGGCUGUGUGCUUAGGGUCAUGGUCCUGUUGUAAGGUGAACCUUCUCCCCAGUCUGAGGUCUGAGCGCUCUGGAGCAGGUUUUCAUCAAGGAUCUCUCUGUACUUUUCUCCUUUAGUUUUCGCCUCGAUCCUGACUAGUCUCCCAGUCCCUGCCGCUGAAAACAUCUCCACAGCAUGAUGCUGCCACCACCAUGCUUCACUGUAGGGAUGGUGCCACGUUUCCUCCAGACGUGACGCUUGGCAUUCAGGCCCAAAAUGUUCAAUUUUGGUUUCAUCAGACCAGAGAAUCUUGUUUCUCAUGGUCUGAGAGUCUUUAGGUGCCUUUUGGCAAACUCCAAGCGGGCUGCCAUGUGCCUUUUAGUGAGGUGUGGCUUCCGCUGGCCACUCUACCGUAAAGGCCUGAUUGGUGGAGUGCUGCAGAGAUGGUUGUCCUUCUGGAAUGUACUUCCAUCUCCACAGAGGAACUCUAGAGCUGUGUCAGAGAGACCAUCAGGUUCUUUGUCACCUCCCUGACCAAGACCCUUCUCCCCCGAUUGCUCAGUUUGGCUUGGCAUCCAGCUCUAGGAAGAGUCUUGGUGGUUGCCAACAUCUUCCAUUUAAGAAUGAUGGAGGCCACUGUGUUCUUGGGAACCUUCAAUGAUGCAGACAUUAUUUGGUACCUUUCCCCAGAUCUGUGGCUCAACACAAUCCUGUCUCGGAGCUCUACGGACAAUUCCUUCAACCUCAUUGCUUUGUUUUUGCUCUGACAUGCACUGUCAACUGUGGGACCUUAUAUAGACAGGUGUGUCCAUUUCCAUUCAUUUGACUUCAGCACUGGUGGACUCCAAGUUGUAGAAACAUCUCAAUGAUGAUCAGUGGAAACAGGAGGCACCUGAGCUCUGUUUCGAGUCUCAUAGAAAAGGGGCUGAAUACUUUUUUUUUCUCACUUUGUCAUUAUGGGGUAUUAUGGUGUCAUUAUGGGGUAUUGUGAUGUCAUUAUGGGGUAUUGUGAUGUCAUUAUGGGGUAUUGUGUGCAUAUUGCUGAGGACUUUUUUUAUUAAUCCAUUUUAGAAUAAGGCUGUAACGUAACACAAUGUGGAAAAAGUCAAGGGGUCUGAAUGCUUUCCGAGGCCACUGUAACCAGGUCAUGUAUUUUAACACAAGCAGACCCUCAUUUGUGAUUGAUGUUUGCACUUUACUGAUUUAUUUCCUACUUCCUGGAGGUGGUUUAUGGGUUGUGAUAAAUACAUUAAUAAAUACAUGUUCUCAGAAAACCAACA